GAUGAUUUUUUUUUCUUAUGACGUCACGGAGCACUCGACUGGAGCGAGCUAGUAUACAAACACGAAUUAGCACACUUGUUUGAAAGCGCGCUAGUAAGCUAGCUGCCAAAUUGCACUCAACCUGUGUGUGUCAGUUUACGCCAGUGUUUCUCUGUAAAAUGUUACGACUCAGGACUUAAAUUGUACACAAGUUUUGUCGUUAUGCAUUCUAUCAGCGUGUCCAUUCCCUCUUUUCGUUCGGAAAACAACCACAUCGAGAGGGGCUACACGGUGUUUCGAAUAGAUGUGCUGAUGAGCGGAAGGCAACAUGCUGUUGAGAAACGCUACAGUGAAUUCCAUUCCUUGCAUAAAAUGCUGAAGAAGAGCAUAAAACCACCCGAGAUCCCAUCCAAGCAUGUGAGGAACUGGGUUCCCAAAGUACUGGAGCAGAGGAGGCAAGGACUGGAGCUCUACCUGCAGACAAUAAUUAUGGAGAAUGAGGUUCUUCCAAGAAUAUUCCUGGACUUCCUCAAUAUCCGCCAUUUCCCUUCACUGCCGAAGACUGAGAGCUGUGGGUCAUUCGAUACAGACUCAAUGGAAUCAACUAAACUUUCACACCAGCCCGUCAUGGUGUUUCUAAAUGACCCCUACCUGCUGCCGGAUGCACACGAUGCAUUUUCAAGUGUCGUGAUUGAAGGUGUCAUCCAUGGAGUUUUCUACGCUGAUCUCCAGCCCAGGUAGAGCCACAAAAAAAGCUGGGAAAAGGUCUGCCUUGGAGCAAGUCUUGGAGAAACUGAACCACAUUUCCAUUGUCUUAAAAAUACAGUAUUUCAUUUUUUAUUUUUUUUUGCUUAAACUUUAAUAUCAGCAUGGAUUUGAGGCAUUUGAAACAAUAAUUAAGUUAAUCAAGGAGUUUUAAUGAAUGAAGCAGCAAAAUAGUCAUUUUUUAAAACAUUUUCUACUGUGAAAUAUUCAUUCAUAAUUUAGAGAAGGGAGAUUUGUUUGACUAAAAUACGCCGAUUGAAGGACAUCAGACGCUCUGAGAAGGCCCAUGGGAAAUGAGGCGUUUGAAGGCCUCCUGGUGGGGAAAAAAAAUAGGGAGAGCAGGGAAGUGCCACUCCCUUUCAAACACCAGCGCCUGGGUCACAGAGGACUUUAAAGGGACAUUGGGUUCAUUGUAAACCUUGCAGACAGACCUCACUUUGGUUUAAUUUUGUCCAUGCACCUAUGAGAUUGAUUUAUUUUAAUGAUUUUUGACACACAAAAAAACACUUAUUAAAACACUUAAUGGCCAGUAUGUAACACUAAUUUCAGUAAUGUCCCAGAUGGGAUGCAAAUACUGAGUAUCAAAUUUUGUGCAAUAUGAAAUCAAACACAUUGUCGCACAGGUGCAUCUCAUUUAAUUAUAAUAUUGCAGUUCAAUUCAAAAAGCCAAACUCAUUUACACUCAUUAAACACAUAGUCAAAGACUUUUUCGGAAGGCCAAUGAUCAAUUUGGGGGUUUUGUUAAAUCAUGGUAUAUUUCACUCUGAGUGCAGUGAACCUAUGAAUUUCAGUUUUUGAAUUGAACUACUGAAAUUAAAUAUUCUGAUUUAUUGAGCUACUCAUGUAUGUUGUUAUGUAUAGUAAUAGCUAUCCUGGAAGUAGUCAAUGUGGUCAACUGCGAUCUGUGAAUUGAUGUUACACUUCAACACAGCAGUUUUAAUAGACCUCAUCUUCGUCUUCAUCAUGUACUGAAUAAUCCUUGAACUAAAUCUUCCUGGUACAAAUGUACUCAUGUAGGUAUUAUUUUACCAUUUGUGCUCAGAUGUGUGAAGAGUCCUAAUGUGCCAUAGGAUGGAUGAAACUGAAUAAUUUAUGAUUAAAACAAUGUUACUGACA